AGAAGAAAACCCCCAAAUAAUGGAGGAGAAAUGUGGAGAGCCAUUGGAUAUUGCAGAUGAGAGAGAGAGAGAGAGAGAGUAAGAAGGCAGCAUGGAGAAUCCCAAUGCUACUCAGUCUAGUAGACACCACAGCCUACUACUCUUCACACCCUUCUUGUCACCAAUUAUACUCUAAAUAAUCAAAUUCCUUCACUUCCUUGCAUCCUCCCCACAAUCUCUCUUCACUAAUCUCUCUCUCUCUCUCUCUCUCUCUAUCUCUCUCGCUCUCUGCCCAUAACCCCAGACUCAACUUCUCUCGUGAUAAAAAAAAAUAACUCAAAACUUUCCCCAAUCGAAAACCUUAAGAAAGAAAGAAAAAUCAUACUGUUUUUUUCCUCUGAAAUUUAUAUGAUCACCAACAAAAAGCCUAGAUCAUCAGACACUGACUCUAAUUAUAUGAGAGACGAUCGAACUGACAUGUCAGAAGACGACGACCGAUCUCCGCCGUCGGAUUCAAUCGCCAACGAUUCUUGCCCAACACGGACCUGCACUCCUGGGUCCGGGUCGGGUUCGUCUUCCAUCCCCGAAUACUCAGCUCCAUACCCGGACCAAGUCCUCGAAAACGUCUUAGAAAACGUUCUCUGGUUCUUAACCUCACGUAAGGACCGAAACGCUGCGUCAUUGGUUUGUAGGUUAUGGUACCGGGUCGAGGCUAUGACCCGAUCCGAUUUGUUUAUCGGUAAUUGCUACGCGAUGUCUCCAGAACGCGCUACGUCGCGGUUUACCCGAAUCCGUUCGGUGACGCUAAAAGGAAAGCCAAGGUUUGCUGAUUUUAACCUGAUGCCGCCUAAUUGGGGAGCCCACUUCGCGCCUUGGGUCUCUGCUAUGGCAAAGGCUUACCCUUGGUUAGAGAAGAUUCAUUUGAAGAGGAUGUCAGUGACAGAUGAUGAUCUGGCUUUGCUUGCGGAGUCAUUUUCGGGGUUCAAAGAGCUCGUACUUGUUUGCUGUGAUGGGUUUGGUACUAGUGGACUGGCUGUUGUGGCUAGUAAGUGCAGGCAACUCAAAGUGCUUGAUCUGAUUGAAUCAGAAGUAUCGGAUGAUGAAGUGGAUUGGAUUUUGUGUUUUCCAGAUACCGAAACAUGUCUUGAAUCCCUGAUUUUAGAUUGUGUAGAAUCUCCCAUUGAUUUUGAUGCACUGGAGAGGCUGGUGACUAGGUCCCCAUCACUUAAGAAACUUAGGCUAAACAGGUUCGUUUCAAUUGGGCAACUAUACCGUUUAAUGGUUCGAGCACCGCAGCUCACGCAUCUUGGGACAGGCUCAUUUAGCCAAUCGGAGGAUGUGGCUCAAGGUGAACUGGAACUAGAUUAUGGCUCUGCGUUUGCUGCUUGCAAAUCAUUAGUUUGCCUAUCUGGAUUCAGGGAAAUCAUUCCAGAUUAUUUGCCUGCAAUAUACCCCGUCUGCGCCAAUCUCACUUCACUGAACUUUAGUUAUGCAAAUAUCAGCGCAGAACAGCUCAAACCAAUUAUAAGCAAUUGCCACAAGCUUCAGACUUUCUGGGUUCUUGAUUCAAUAUGCGAUGAAGGACUUCAGGCUGUGGCUACAACUUGCAAGGAACUACGUGAGCUUCGGGUUUUCCCUUUUGAAGCUAGGGAGGACAUCGAGGGCCCUGUUUCUGAAGUGGGCCUCCAAGCGAUUUCAGAGGGUUGCAGGAAGCUCCAAUCUAUUUUGUAUUUUUGCCCGCGGAUGACAAAUGCUGCUGUUAUAGCUAUGUCAAAGAACUGCCCAGACCUUGUGGCCUUCCGUCUCUGCAUAAUGGGACUCCACCAGCCUGAUCAUGUCACUGGAGAACCUAUGGAUGAAGGGUUUGGAGCCAUUGUCAUGAAUUGCAAGAAGCUCACUCGACUUGCAGUAUCUGGUUUAUUGACUGAUAGAGCUUUUGCUUACAUUGGAAAAUAUGGGAAGAUUGUAAGGACAUUAUCGGUUGCUUUUGCUGGUGAUAGUGACAUGGGGUUGAAGUAUGUGCUUGAGGGCUGUCCCAAAUUACAGAAGCUUGAGAUUAGAGACAGUCCAUUCGGGGAUGCAGCUCUACUUUCUGGUCUGCACCACUAUUACAAUAUGAGAUUCCUUUGGAUGUCCGCUUGCAAGUUGUCCCAUCAGGGAUGCCAACAGAUUGCUCAAGCAUUGCCUCACCUGGUGGUGGAAGUGAUUAAGCAUGAAGAUAAUGUGGACAUGGAUGAGUAUGUUGAUACAUUGUACAUGUAUCGGUCUCUUGCAGGGAGAAGACAUGAUGUGCCACGAUUUGUUUCCAUCUUGUAAGGCAUUUGUACUAGAAGAAGUUGCAUCAGCUGUUCUGAUGGUGGCUGUGGGCAUUUUUUUGCCCGAAAUUAGAUUUGACGGGUACCUUUUUCAUAGCCCGUAAGAAAGUCAUGGUGAUCCUUGCUAGAGAAAGUUGAGUGAAACUUCAGUCCUUGGGCGGUGUUGUUGCAAAUGGCAUUCAAGCCAGAAGCCUGAUAUUUUCAAGAGGACAGACAUAUCUGGGGGGGGGGGGGUAUAUCUGCUGCAAGGUACUGGACCACCAUUGGAUCUUGUUGUAUCGGUAUGCUUCUAAAUUUUAUUUCUUUUUUGCUUUUCAUAUUCAUUUGAUCAUAAAUGAGAAGGCUCCCAGAGGAUAGGGAUGGGUGUUGAGGUGCAUGGAAAGAAUCGUCGUUUUAUCCUCUUUGUAUGAAGAAAUCAAGAUGGGUUGGAGAUUUGGAAAAAUUAAGGAUCUUUUCUUCCGCUGAGUGCCACCAGUGAAGGAGAAUCAGAAAAGGCAAAACCAAUGAGCAAGCAAUCGCAGUUGAAAGAAGUUAGUAUCUUAAUUUGAUUCAAAUGGUAGCUUAGUCGUAAGGUGUAGAUGGUGAAAACUAAAUGCCCAGACUUGAUUCGUCUCUCUCUCUCUCUCUCUCUCUGUCUCUCUCUCAACGUUUGUUUUUUUCAGAUGUGUUGUUGUAGCACAUGACUGUUGAAUUUAUUAUUUUUAUUGUUAGCCAAUGUGAGAUGGGUAAUAAAUGCCAAAUAUGCAGCAUGUGCAUGGACCAUACACAUCUUUA